GCUCACAAGAUGAACUGUCGGGGAAAAGGAUCAGUUGUGUUUCUGGUUUUGGUCGCUUUUGCGUCCUCAGGAAGGGGUGGAUACACUCCGGCUCCACGAACAAAAGUGGUUUCCCCCGGGCAAACUAUGCCAUUUGGAUUGCAUGGAACUAACGUGUAUGUUACUCGUACUAUCCUAGCGGGAGGAACAGUUGCAGAUGUGACGGAAUUUCCCUGGUUGGCGAUGCUGUUCUAUGAAAAUAAAAAGUUUUUUACAUACAACUGCGCUGGGUCACUGGUGAGUAAUACUUUUGUCCUCACUGCUGCUCACUGCGUGAAAGGUCCGGAGUAUGACAUUGCAGGUCCACUAAAAAUGGUACGUCUAGGAGAAUUCGAUGUGCUGAGUGAACCAGACUGUAUGGUCUCCUCGCGAAACAAAAUCAUCUGUAGUCCAGGUAAAUUCGACACCAUUCCCAGAAGUAUUCGAGUUCAUCCUAGCUACCGAGUUGGGGACUCGAAUCACCGCCAUGAUAUUGCGCUCAUACAGCUCGCUUCGAGUCCCCCGCUGUCCCGAUUUCUUCGACCGAUUAACUUGCCAUCGGGUAAUUCACGGCAAGAUCGGCUGAGCACUGGUAGUAACCUCACUGUUACAGGUUGGAGCCGCACAGAGCUCUUCGUUCAACAGAUGGGAGUAACGGCUUCCAGUUCAGCCAAAAUGAAAGUCGAUCUACCCUAUGUAGAUCUGAAGGUUUGUGGCAAUACCUAUAGAAGUCAAAGCAUGCAGCUUGCCGCAGGACAAUUAUGCGCUGGUGGUCGCGGCGGGAAGAACGCCUGCGGUGGUCACAGUGGUUCUCCAUUGAUGUACGUUGACAAUCGCAAGACUGUAACACUACUAGGCGUCGUCUCGUAUGAAGUGGAUGAAUGUGGAAUUGAAGGGUUUCCUGGAAUCUACACCGAUGUGCGUUAUUACUUAGGCUGGAUACGGCAGAAUAUGGCACCGCCUACGCGUCGUCCGGGGCAAAAUCAGGCUCCUUUCAGGCCAUCAUCUUUAUGAGGCUGUUGUUACACAAUCAAGUAGCAUUUUUAGUUUUAUUAGUAUUUGUAAGGGUAUUAUAAAAUCAUAUCAAUAAAACUCUGG